CGCUCCACCUCGGAUGACUCACACUGUUAGCCAGCCAUUGAUGCUGUUAACUCGCAAAUGUUUCCCGAUUUUGUAGGAACUCUGACAAAUAAAUAAGUCAUUUAUUAAAUAUAAAAUAAUAACGUCGUUAGUUGCUCGUUUUAAUUGUUUUACAAAAGACUUUCAGGACAAUACAUCCGUACACUACAUUACCCACAAUCCACGACGACACAACAGACCUAGGGGUCAAGGCAUGGCGUCCAUCACCACUGCGGAAGGUCCAGUUGAUCUUGGCACUACCAAAACAGUGGUCCUGACAGAUGAAGAAGCACCCAAUGUGUGCCCGUUCUUCCUGAUGGGAAAGUGCCAUUUUGGUCCCAGAUGCCGUAUGUCUCACCGGGGUUCCCAGCUGAUUCAUGAAGAAACCAGCAGCUCAGUUGAGCCAUCAGUAGCUACCUCACGUGCUGUUCUUGUGGAGGACCGGGCGGCAGAACCAGAGGAAGAAAAACAAAAGAAGAAGAAAGGAAAUCGGAACAAAGCGGCAAAGUCAAAAGAAAAGGAGGCAAAAGACGACAUCAGCAAAAAGCCUCGCAUGCGGACAGCUGAUGACAUCAUCUCCCGUAUCGUCUGGGAUCCGUCGGUGGAUGCCUCCCAAUUUCUAGUGGGCUAUGUGGAUCGUUUCCUGGGCGUACUGGAACGCCCCUUCUCUGAAUUCAACUGGGACGCCGACCCGUGUGACUGCGACUACACCACUGAGCUGGCCCUUCCCAGACACAGGAUCCAGUACUUCACCUACAAAGGGCAUCGCAUCUGGGACCGGCACAGCAGGACCGACAGGGUGUUUGGCUCCACCGGGCAGUCUCUGGCUCCCCCCUUUGGAGGCGAGGAGGAAGUAGAAGGAAAAGAAACACCGGCCGAGGGCCGAGAGGAACGAGGGCAAGCAACAAGAGAGGAGCCUCCUGCUGUCAAUGGGCAGGGAAUGGAUCGUACCACCACUGACAGCGCACAUCUGGAGGACAACACUCACACCUCUGACUCAGCACAAGCAUCCCUGGGACGGCCAUGUGUUGCGGAGGAGGCAGCAAAUAGUCUGACAGCCUCGGCAGUUAAAGAAGAACGACUCGUACAGGAAGAGAGAACCGCUGAAGGGGAAGAAGGUUUUGAAAGCCAGGACACUUCGACUCCAUCAGUACCUCUCGGUCAAGGAUCAGAGAACCAUGGCGGUCGCCCCCCAAAGAAGAAACCCACGCACUUCAUCACCUUCAGGGCCAACACGCCUGCCAUCCUCAGCUGUUUCCAGCAGCUCCAGGAGGAGAUCACCGCUCUUCUCCCGUCCUCCGCGCCUCACUGGCAGACCUCGUCCAGCCUGCACGUCACCCUCUGCCUCCUGGUGCUGGCCGGCCCAGCCGAGGUGGCGGCUGCCGAGGAGAUUCUCCGCGAGUUUGUGCGCCUGGAUCGCAACCCGCCGGUGGCGGUGGCGUUUCCGGUGAAGCUGAAGCAUUUCAACGGCAGGGUGAUGUACCUGAGCCCGCAGCCUCAGCUUCGUCUCCAGCAGCUCAACAGCGGCCUGCAGGAAGCCUACAGGAGGAGAGGAUGGCUCCACAGAGACUCCUACAACCCCCGCUACCAUCUCACCCUGGCCAAGGUCAAGGACAAGGACGGAGAAAGGAUCUUCAGUGAUGUGGGAGACAUGAAGGUGGGGAAAGGUUUCAAUUUUGGUCGCUUGCCUGUAAACACCUUGCACCUUUGUGUCAUGGGGGGGCCAGGGGUGGAUGGCUUUUAUGAGACGGUGUGCACGGUAACUCUUAGAUAAUACUCGAUACUAUUUCUGUACCUUACACUCAAUGCCAUACCUUGACAAAGACAAUCGUUAUUAUGAUUAUUAUUAUUGACAGCUGCACUGCAUCAUGACAGUUGUCUAAUCGUAUUUACAUUUCAUAAUCAUAUCAACACCGCACCCUCUGAUAGCUCUUCUAUGCCAUUACAUAAACCUUCUAGGCCAGGGGUGGGCAAACUACGGCCCGGGGGCCACAUCCAGCCCGCCAAGUGUUUGAAUACGGCCCGCCCAAUCUUUUCCAAAGUAUUUAAUUUAAAGUCAACAUACAACCUGGCAUCAUGGCCUGAGCCAACCUUUUGAUGGUUGUAUCAAUUUCGUUUUUUGACAUGGUCUGUUGUUUACAAAAUGCUCCUGAAAAAAGGGACACAAGCACAUAAUAAUAAUAAUAAUAAUCAUUAUUAUUAUUAGAUGGGCGGCACGGUGGUCUAGGGGUUAGCGCACAGACCUCACAGCUAGGAGACCAGGGUUCAAUUCCACCCUCGGGCAUCUCUGUGUGGAGUUUGCAUGUUUGGGUUUUCUCCCACAUUCCAAAAACAUGCUAGGUUAAUUGGCCACUCCAAAUUGUCCAUAGGUAUGAAUGUGAGUGUGAAUGGUUGUUUGUCUAUAUGUGCCCUGUGAUUGGCUGGCGACCAGUCCAGGGUGUACCCCGCCUUACGCCCGAAGACAGCUGGGAUAGGCUCCAGCACCCCCCGCGACCCUUGUGAGGAAAAAGCGGUAGAAAAUGAAUGACAGAAACUGUACCCCAUGAUUUAUCCGAGCGGGUACAGUUUUUGUCGUGACACCGGUCGGACCGCGGGAAAAAACAGAUGAAGGGAGUGAUGCACGGGGAGAAAUGCAAACUCCACACAGAGAUGGCCGAGUGUGGAAUUGAACUCAGGUCUCCUGCGUGCUAACCACUUGGCUGCCAGUACUAUUAAUUCCCCUACCAAAUUAAUGUCGGUAGGUCUGCAUUAAAAGGAAAACUUCUUGCCUAUCCAAAUAUUUAGGAAGCACUCUUGUGAAGUAACAAUACUCCUAAACGAGACUCCUAUAUGAUUCGCAUAUUUUAAUUUUAUAUAAGAAUACAUUUGUGUUUCCUGUGUCUUGAUUCAUGGGAAGAUUUAAUUGACUUUUAGUUAAAGGCACUAUUUUUGCGCUGUAUGGCUGAUGUGAAUUAUCACAAUUGUGUGGGAUGAAUAAAGUUCUCAUGUUAACCAUGUGAGAAGAUGAAAUACAUUGUUUUUGGUGCCUGUUUCCAAGUAUGUUUGUGUUAUGUGUGUGUGUGUGUAUGUGUGUGUAAACAAGAGACAUUCACUUAUUAUGCUAAUUUUCCGUCCCUUUGUAUUGAGUUGUAGACUCCUAUAGAGCAGCGACACACAAUAACCAGCACAGAACGCAUUCUAGUUCUUCCAGAAUCUGCACCUAUUCAGCUGUAUUUAUUUGGAUUUUGUCGUUGCCGUAAAAAGCAUGAUAUUAAAACAAAGACAAAGCCAAAACAAUGAUUUAAUGUAGUCAACCCACGGACCGCCUCCAGACACGCCCACUCCGCUGUGGUUGGUCAGGCUACAGAGUGCAUAGGAAGAGUUGCGGUUUGUGCCGCUAACUUUAUAGAAGUUGAUCAACUGAAUAGGAGUUGAUAAUAAACGGCGAGUUGUCUUUUUAAAAUGUCCGCUUUUAACAUACAGGCAUAUGUGUUGGAUGCCGAAUCUGGGGCAUGGCGUGCUAUGGCUUGGCGUGCUAUGCCGUUGUGUCGUGCGGCGUGGAACGGCAUGGGGUGGCAUAGUGCGCUAUGGUAUGGUGCGGCAUGGCGUGCCAUGGCAUGGCGUGCUAUGGUGUGGCAUGGCGUGCCAUGGCAUGGCGUGCUAUGGUGUGGUGUGGUGUGCUUACGGCAUGGCGUGGCAUAGUGUGCUAUGGUAUGGUUUGGCAUGGCGUGCUAUGGUGUGGCGUGCUUACGGCAUGGGGUGACAUGGCGUGCCAUGGCAUGGGCUGGCACAGCAUGGGGUGACAUGGCAUGCCAUGGCAUGGCACGCUAUGGUGUGGCGUGGUGUGCUUGUGGCAUGGGGUGACAUGGCGUGGCAUGGCACGGCAUGGGGUGACA